GCCGGCGGAAAACGCUGCCGGCACCGCGGGGCUUGGGCUGCCGUUGGGAUCCGUCUCAGCCUCCCAAUUUGCUGUCCUCGUCCUCCGGUGUGCGAGGGCCAGUGGCUCGCUGCGGUGCCGGUACCCGUUGCCAUGGCUGCUCUGCUAAAGGAGCAUCGCCGGCUGCUGCCGUUACAUCACUGCUGUGGCACCUCUGCAUCGGUGGGGAGCCCAGCCGCAACCGCCGCGGUGCCGGCGAGCUCGGGGAGAGCUUGAGAAGGAAAAGUUUGGCGACAGGCUCGAGCAAGAGGCGUCAUCUCACGGGGGCAUUGGCCUGAACUGAAACAGCUCCUGAUGGCUCUGUCCAAUAUCUCCCUGUGGAUUCGGGAUGCCUGGGCAGUAGCCACCUCUAACCUGGACCUCGAGAGCAAGAAAGCAUCCCAUGCCAAGCUGUCAUGGCAGCAGCCCGUGAACGUCUUCCUAGCGGCCGGGCGCCCGCCGGGCAUGGAGGAGCUGCACCAGGAGGCCCAGCUCAACCUCCAGAGCUUGCUGCAAGAGGAGUAUGAGGAGCAGUACACUGAGAGCAGGGUCACUGGGCAGACCUUCCGAGCUGCUGGUCACCUGUCCCCCAGCACCCCCCCCGAGCCAUCGCCCCGACCCCCGCCGGCCAAGCGCCUCGAGUUCGUGCCUAUGCCCCCGAGCCAGCAAACAACUGAAGGGGAGACCACCAGCACGACCUCACUCAGCGCUCGGCCGCCUGACACCUCCCUGAGCCUCCCCACCAGCCCAGACAAGCAGCCAGCCUGGCCCAGGGCCUUCCCCCUGCCCACCGUGGAGGAGAAGCAGUGGCACCAGUCCUGCUCCAUCCAGACCAACAUCAUUCCUAUCAACGUCUCAGGGCAGCACUUGGCUAGGCACGCGAGUGCUCGUCACUCCCUCUUUAACACAGAGACCGCCGUGAACCCCAAGUCCACCCUGCGGCGCAGACGGACCGUUAUCGGAUUCCCUAACCUGUCCCUGCGAGACCAAGGCAGUGCCAACGGCCCCAAGCUCAACACACACGCGCCCAUCGCCGAGUCCCUCUCCUGCAGCUUUUUCCCCGAGACCACCAACGGGGGGAAGGGGCCCCAGGAGACCAGCCCCCACCAGCCCCUCUCUGCCCCGCUGAGGAAGACCUUCAGCGACCUCGGGGCCCGCUGCUGCCAGCCGCCUGCCGCUAUGGACCACGCGGCCACCCCCUGUGCCAGCACCUGCAACGGGCCGCCGGGCACCCCCUUUCCCCCACCCUGGAGCCCCCUGAGCUACACGAGCCCCCCCAGCCCUGCCAGCGGCCAGAGCAAGGGCUGCACCUCGCCGGGCGGCUCCAGCCCAUCGCCCGGCCCGGGCUCACCCACCACUGCCUCCUUCUUCAUUGCCACCGAGGAGCAUGUGGGCAGCAACGGGCCCGGAUCUUUCUCCGGCACAGCACCUGAGUCCCCUCCGGCCUCUGGGGGUGGCCAGAGGGGCGAGAGCCGAGAAGCCAGAGUGAACUUCUUGCCGGGAAGCCCAGAGGAGCCGGAGCCAGGGCGGCUGGAGGUAGAGCGGGCAGGGUGCCGGUUCCGGGAGCGGUCGCUGUCUGUGCCCACCGACUCGGGUUCCCUCUGCUCCGUGGACAUUGCCUACACUGAGACCCGGCGGGGCAGCACCAACUACACCCUGGGCUACCCCAGUGCCAGCUCGGAAGGCAGCACCAGCACCGACAACAUCUCCCUGGGGCUUGAGCAGGAGGGCCAGCAGCGGCGGCGCCGCUCCAAGAGCAUCUCCCUCAAGAAGGCAAAGAAGAAGCCGUCGCCGCCCACCCGCAGUGUCUCACUGAUUAAAGAGGGGCAGGAUGGCGACGUGGGGCCUGGCUUGGCACUGCCCAGGGAUCAGCGACCCAAGAGCCUGUGCAUCCCACCGGUGCUCCGGGGCCACCGGCUGGUGCAUGCCGACCCCCAAGGGAGGGAGCCUGAUGGCGUGGCCACCCCCCACCAGUGGCACCUGCCAGACUGGAAGGCUGGUGAUCCCUACCAGUCCCUCUCCAGCUCGAGCACAGCCACAGGGACCACAGCCAUCGGGUGCACCAAGGCACGGGACAGCUCUGAGUCCCUGGCAUCCCCCUCCAUCUCCAGGGCCACAACACCCUCCCAGCUCUCCACUGAGGCAGACCUCAAGACCUCCUCGCCGGGCAGGCCCACAGGGCUGAUGUCCCCAUCCAGCGGGUACUCCAGCCAGUCAGAGACACCAACCCCCACCGUUCCCACCUCCGCCAUCCUGGGUCACUCCCCGCACCAGGUGCGGGUGAGGCCACUGGUCCCCGAGAGGAAGUCCUCACUGCCCCCCACAUCCCCCAUGGAGAGGAGCCCCAAGUCCAGGUUGUCCUUCGACCUGCCACUCACGCCGCCUGCCCACCUUGACCUCUCAGGGCUGAAGAUCUCCCUGAAGGCGAAGACGAAGGUCAGCAGGCACCAUUCCGACUCCACUUUUGGCACCAAGCUGGCCCAGAAGACCAGCCCCAUCACGCCCAUCAUGCCGGUGGUGACGCAGUCCGACCUGCGCUCCGUCCGCCUCCGCUCCGUCAGCCGCUCGGAGCCCGAGGACAACGCGGACGGCACGGAGCACGCCGAGGAGCCACCACGUGCUCCCUGCCGUGAGGGGAAGGUGAAGCCGCCCGUGGCGGAGAAGCCGCCGCUGGCCAAGCGUCCCCCAAACAUCCUGCCCAAGCCCCUAGUGCUGCGGGAGGAGGGUCCCCUGUCCCCCACGUCCCCGCCGGGCACCGCCACCAAGGAGAAGGGGCUGCAGCAGGACAGCUUCAUGGUGCUGCGGAAAGGGGAGCUGAGGAGGGGCCUGGGGGCACCCCUGACAGGACCCCGGCGGCUCUCACAGGGCAGCCUGGAGGAUGAGCUGCAGCCAGAGCGGCGCGGGGCCGGCGAGGGGGAGCGCAGGAAGGCCAAGGUGCCGCCACCGGUGCCCAAAAAGCCCAGCGUGCUCUACCUGCCACUCGCCCUGGCCCCAAUCCAGCUGGGAGCCAGUGGGGGGGACCAGCCACCCACCCCCAGCCCCAUCAUUACACUGGACACCGAGCCCACCUUCUGCCACUCCAACGCCCAGGACCCACCAUCCCCAGAGGCCCUGGGCACAGCAGAAGCUGGUGAACCCACCUCGGAGCAAGGCAGCUCAGCAGAGGCUGUCACGGAGAAGAGCUUUGCCAGCGACAAGACGGCUGACUCCAUCGUGGAGGAGGACGACGAGGUGUUCGUGGCGUCCCGCACCACCGAGGAUCUCUUCACCGUCAUCCACAGGUCAAAGAGAAAGGUCUUGGGGCGGAAAGAGCCCAGUGACACCUUUGGCAGCCGGCCCAACUCCCACUCACCUGUAAAGACUUCAGGCUCUCCAACCAGCGAGUCCCCGGCAGCAGUGGGCAGCACCGGGAAGUCCUCCAGCAGGAAUGAAGACUUUAAAGCCCUGCUGCAGAAGAAGAGCAGCAAAACCAGCCCUGGUACCCGGCCGUCUGCCGCUGAACUGCUCAAGACCACAAACCCGCUGGCUCGGAGGGUCAUCACGGAGUUUGCCCCUGAGCUAGAUGGUGCCAACAGCCCCAAAAGCCAGCCCUAACCUUGCAUGGUCCCUUCUGGCCAUGAAGGGCUGGAGAUGGCUGCAGAGGGAGCGUUGCUGCUGAAGGGGUGUCCUAGCUGAGACCAUGUGUCCUGCUUGGGGUUUUCUUCUGCUUUUGAUUAUUCCUUGGAGAGCUACUGGCAGAGAGGCAGCGUUUGGAACCCAAGCCCCCGUGUCUCUGGUUUAGCUGGACCCUUUCCAGGGGGGAAGAGACAGCACCAUGGCUGGGACCAUCCCGGCUGAGCCGGCUCCCAGGACCAGAGGCGUCUGCUCGGGAAGCAGAGCGGGACCACAGCCCCCAGCAUCGCUCAGCACCCACAGCGAAGCUCGCUUGAAACUGUUUGGUCACUUCGGCAUGUGGUACUUUAAAUGGCUUUUCUAAUGCA